AUGGUUAAAAUCGACAUGUCUCUCAUGUUAUUUACACAUUAUUUAUUUGGUUAUGUUGGUACAACUAUAUGUUCAAUAGGACUUGUUCUUGCUCUAUGUUCUGUUUAUAUAUUUACUCGUCGUCAGAUGCGUAGUGUCGUUUCAACUUAUCUAGCUGCAUUGAGUAUUAGUGAUAGUUGUCUAUUAUUAUUUGGUCUUGUUUUUGCUAUUAAUUCUUCUAUACCACCAAAUCGACAAAGUGAAUCGUUUUAUUCCUCAAGACUUCAUAAAUAUCUUUUUCCAUAUGUCUAUGCUUGUAUAAUAUGGUUUCAAUUUACGAGUGUCUGGGUGAUAAUUGGUUUUGCUAUUGAUCGAUGGUUUGCUAUUAAAUGGCCAAUGCUUCAUUACACACAUAGCUCCAAACGAGCUUGUUAUAUUGUUGUGACAAUUUAUUGUUUGGGUUUUGUUUAUUCAUUACCACGAUUUUUUGAAUAUAAAACUGAAGUACGACGUGAAGAAUUAACUGUAUUUGACAAUUAUACAGAAUAUUUUGAUCAUAUUGUGAUAACAAAUAAAUUACAAAGCAGUAGUAUUUAUCAAUAUACCGUCCAUCUUAUUCUUUAUAGUCUUUUUCAAAGUAUUCUUCCACUUUUAAUGUUAUCAUAUUUUAAUGUUGAACUUAUUCGAAGUGUUCAUGCUAGUUCACAUUUUCUUCAACAUUGUACACCACUCUAUGUAAAAAAUACACGUCUUACACGUGAAACAAAUACAAUGCGUUAUAGAGAAGGUGUUAUAACACGUUCAGUUAUAUGUUUGAUUGGUUUAUUUACGAUAUGUCAAGUACCAGCAUCAAUACUUCACUAUAUUUAUAUGUUUUAUCGAAAUCAUAAAUGGCUUUAUAUUUGUUAUGAUAUAUCAAAUUUUCUUAUUUUAUUCAAUAGUACAGUUAAUUUUUUUGUUUUUGCUUGUUUUAAUCGAAAAUUUCGUCGUGAAUUAACAUAUGUAUGUUGUCAUACAAAAGAUCGAAGUUAUUUAUUACGUACAUCAAGUCAUCAAACAUUAGCACGAACUAACUCACAUAUGCAUACAUUACAACAAAUUCAAUUGAAUUUAAAAGCUGCUCAUUCAAAUUAUUGGAAAUAUGAAAAACAACCAAAUAAUAGAACUCUUUAUUCUCAACGAAAACCAUCUUUUCAAUCAACAUCUCAACUUCAUUCAAUAUAUCGACGUACAAAUUCAUUACAUAAUAUUAAUUUAACAAAAAAAAAUUCAAUAAAAUAUAAUCGAUAUUCAAUAUGUGAUUUUAAUCAUAUAAGAAAAACAUCAUUUAUAACAAAUAAAGAACAUAAAAAAUCAUUUAAUUUUAAUCUUCAAAAAUCAAAAUAUAAAACAAAAAAUAAUUAUUAUCAUUAUAAUAAUAAUAAUGAAUAUUCAUUAAAACAACCAAAAAAAUAUUCAUUAUCAUAUAAUAUAAAUACAAAUAAUGGUUAUAGUCAUGAACAAAAAAUACAUUAUAUUAAAUUUCCAUGUAAAAAUACGGAACAAAAACUUGCAAGACAAUCAUCAUCAUCAUCAAUAACAAUACCAACAACAGUAACAUAA